ACACGGGCUAGCGACUAGCAGGGGGCGUGGGCGGGGCAGGGCUAAGCCAGCCGAGUACCUGCUCGAUUGUUCUGGCCUGGCUAUGGCGCCUCUCCUCCCCCCCGCCAUGGCUCCCCGUGUCCCUGCUCCGCUCCUCUCAGUGAGUGAAAGUGGCCGCCGCCGCCGCCGGCCCAGCGCCCGCAGCCGCCUCAGCGCCGCCGCCAUCUUGGGGUCCCAGGAGCCGCCGAGGGAGCGAGCUAGGAGCGUUCCCGUCCAACGCGGUCACCGUCCCUCCGCCUCGGAGAGCGAAGCGCGGCUCCACAGUCGGCGGGGCGACCCCCCCCUCCGGACCCCGCCCGCACCCCGCCCCCCCUCCGCCGCCGCCGCGGCGGCGGGGCCCCUCGGCCCGAGCUGUGCAGUUGGAGGUCCUCGUGCAUGAAGACAGAUUUGUUCUAUGGCCUCGGAGUUGGGUGCCGGGGACGAUGGCAGCUGCACUGAGCUGGCAAAGCCCCUUUAUCUUCAGUACCUGGAGAGAGCCUUGCGGUUGGACCAUUUUCUGCGACAAACAUCAGCCAUCUUCAACAGGAAUAUUUCUAGUGACGACAGUGAAGAUGGACUGGAUGACAAUAAUCCCUUAUUGCCUGAGUCUGGGGAUCCCUUAAUACAAGUAAAAGAAGAGCCUCCAAAUUCCUUGCUUGGCGAAACCUCUGGAGCAGGCAGUUCUGGGUUGUUGAACCCGUAUUCACUGAACGGAGUUCUGCAGUCAGAAUCAAAAUCUGACAAGGGGAAUUUAUAUAACUUCUCUAAGUUGAAGAAAAGCAGAAAGUGGCUAAAGAGCAUUCUUUUAAGUGAUGAGUCCAGUGAGGCAGAUUCUCAGAGUGAAGACAAUGAUGACGAUGAAGAAGAACUCAGUCUCAGCAGAGAAGAACUUCACAACAUGCUUCGAUUACACAAAUAUAGGAAACUUCACCAAAAUAAAUAUAGUAAAGAUAAGGAGUUGCAGCAGUACCAGUACUACAGUGCAGGCCUGCUCUCUACAUACGACCCUUUCUAUGAGCAACAGCGUCACUUGCUUGGACCCAAAAAGAAGAAAUUCAAGGAAGACAAGAAGCUUAAAGCCAAGUUGAAAAAAGUGAAGAAAAAAAGAAGACGCGAUGAAGAGUUUUCCUCUGAAGAAUCUCCACGUCACCACCAUCACCAGACCAAAGUCUUUGCUAAGUUUUCUCAUGAUGCACCUCCCCCUGGCACCAAGAAGAAACACUUAUCCAUUGAGCAGCUUAAUGCCCGCCGCAGGAAAGUGUGGCUGAGCAUUGUGAAAAAGGAACUACCAAAGGCCAACAAGCAGAAGUCUUCAGCUCGAAACUUAUUUCUUACGAAUAGCCGAAAGCUUGCCCAUCAAUGCAUGAAGGAGGUGCGUCGAGCUGCUUUGCAAGCACAGAAAAACUGUAAAGAGACUCUGCCUCGUGCCCGGCGCCUAACAAAGGAGAUGCUUCUGUACUGGAAGAAGUAUGAGAAGGUGGAAAAGGAGCACCGCAAGCGAGCGGAGAAGGAAGCUUUGGAGCAGCGGAAGUUGGAUGAGGAAAUGCGGGAGGCCAAGAGGCAACAACGAAAACUCAACUUCUUAAUCACUCAGACAGAAUUGUAUGCUCAUUUCAUGAGUCGAAAACGUGAUAUGGGGCAUGAUGGAAUCCAGGAAGAAAUCUUAAGAAAACUAGAAGAUAGUUCUACCCAGAGACAAAUUGACAUUGGUGGAGGAGUGGUGGUUAACAUCACCCAAGAAGACUAUGAUAGUAACCAUUUUAAAGCCCAGGCCCUGAAGAAUGCUGAAAAUGCUUACCAUAUUCACCAAGCUCGAACAAGGUCAUUUGAUGAAGAUGCAAAAGAAAGUCGGGCAGCUGCCCUUAGGGCAGCAGACCAGCCUGGCUCUGGGUUUGGGGAGAGUUAUAGCUUAGCGAAUCCAUCUAUCCGGGCCGGUGAGGAUAUUCCACAACCCACUAUUUUCAAUGGCAAGUUGAAAGGUUACCAGCUGAAAGGCAUGAACUGGUUAGCAAAUUUAUAUGAACAGGGUAUUAAUGGAAUCCUUGCUGAUGAAAUGGGUCUUGGUAAAACUGUACAGAGCAUUGCCCUCCUGGCCCAUCUGGCUGAGAGAGAAAAUAUUUGGGGACCUUUCUUAAUAAUUUCACCUGCUUCUACACUUAAUAAUUGGCACCAGGAGUUUACAAGAUUUGUUCCUAAAUUUAAGGUGCUACCAUAUUGGGGAAAUCCUCAUGAUAGAAAAGUUAUCCGGAGAUUCUGGAGUCAGAAGACCUUAUAUACUCAGGAUGCUCCCUUCCAUGUGGUUAUCACUAGCUACCAGCUGGUGGUUCAGGAUGUCAAGUAUUUCCAGCGGGUCAAGUGGCAAUACAUGGUACUGGAUGAAGCUCAGGCACUGAAGAGCAGUUCCAGUGUUCGUUGGAAGAUUCUCUUACAAUUCCAGUGUCGGAAUCGACUUUUGUUAACUGGAACCCCCAUUCAGAAUACCAUGGCAGAGCUCUGGGCUCUGCUACAUUUCAUUAUGCCUACAUUAUUUGAUUCACAUGAAGAAUUUAAUGAAUGGUUUUCCAAAGACAUUGAAAGUCAUGCUGAAAACAAAUCUGCUAUUGAUGAGAAUCAACUCUCUCGUUUACACAUGAUUUUGAAACCAUUUAUGCUGAGAAGAAUCAAAAAAGAUGUAGAAAAUGAAUUGUCUGAUAAGAUUGAGAUUCUAAUGUACUGCCAAUUGACCAGCCGACAAAAACUCUUAUAUCAGGCACUAAAGAAUAAAAUUUCCAUUGAGGACUUACUGCAGUCUUCAAUGGGCUCCACACAACAAGCACAGAACACCACCAGCAGCCUCAUGAAUUUAGUCAUGCAAUUCAGGAAGGUGUGUAAUCACCCAGAGUUAUUUGAACGGCAAGAAACGUGGUCUCCAUUUCACAUUUCUCUAAAGCCAUAUGAAAUUUCAAAGUUUAUCUAUCGUCAUGGACAGAUCAGGGUCUUCAACCACUCACGAGAUAGGUGGUUGAAGGUUCUUCUUUCUCCAUUUGCACCAGACUAUAUCCAGCAGUCUCUCUUCCAUAGAAAAGGUAUUAAUGAAGGAAGCUGUUUUUCUUUCCUUCGAUUUAUUGAUGUCUCGCCAGCAGAGAUGGCAAGCCUCAUGCUUCAGGGACUUUUGGCCAGGUGGUUAGCUCUUUUCCUAUCUCUGAAGGCCUCCUACAGGCUCCAUCAGAUGCGCUCUUGGGCAGAGCCGGACGGGAAGAGCCACCAGAGCUAUCUGAGAAACAAGGAUUUUCUCCUUGGAGUUGAUUUUCCACUUUCCUUCCCCAACCUUUGCAGCUGCCCUUUGUUAAAGUCUCUUGUUUUCAGCAGCCACUGUAAAGCAGUGAGUGGCUACUCAGACCAGGUUGUCCAUCAGCGGAGAUCAGCUACCUCCUCACUUCGUUGCUGCAUCCUCACUGAGCUGCCGUCUUUUUUGUGUGUGGCCAGUCCACGAGUCACCGCAGUGCCGUUGGAUUCUUACUGUAAUGACAGAAGUGCAGAGUAUGAGAGAGGAGUUCUGAAGGCAGGAGGGAGUCUGGUGGCCAAGCAGUGUCUGUUGAAUGGUGCUCCUGAGCUGGCUACGGAUUGGCUGAAUCGCAGGUCCCAGUUCUUCCCAGAGCCAGCUGGAGGGCUGUUGAGCAUUAGACCCCAGAAUGGCUGGUCUUUCAUCAGAAUUCCAGGCAAGGAGAGCCUCAUCACUGACAGUGGAAAGCUGUAUGCCCUUGAUGUCCUGUUGACUCGGCUCAAGUCUCAAGGACACAGGGUCCUUAUCUACUCUCAGAUGACCAGAAUGAUAGACCUGCUGGAGGAAUAUAUGGUAUACAGGAAGCAUACCUACAUGAGGCUGGACGGCUCAUCUAAGAUCUCAGAGAGACGGGACAUGGUUGCUGAUUUUCAGACCAGGAACGACAUCUUUGUGUUUCUGUUAAGCACACGAGCUGGAGGACUGGGUAUCAAUCUCACAGCUGCGGACACAGUCAUUUUCUACGACAGUGACUGGAACCCCACUGUAGACCAGCAGGCCAUGGAUAGGGCCCACCGCUUGGGGCAGACAAAGCAGGUCACUGUGUACCGGCUUAUCUGUAAAGGCACAAUUGAGGAGCGUAUUCUGCAGAGAGCCAAGGAAAAGAGUGAGAUUCAGCGCAUGGUGAUUUCUGGUGGGAACUUCAAACCAGAUACCUUGAAACCCAAAGAGGUGGUUAGCCUUCUUCUAGAUGACGAGGAACUGGAAAAGAAACUGAGACUGCGGCAGGAAGAGAAACGGCAGCAGGAGGAAAGCAACCGAGUGAAAGAACGCAAACGCAAGCGGGAGAAGUAUGCAGAGAAGAAGAAAAAGGAAGAUGAGUUGGAUGGGAAGAGGAGGAAAGAGGGUGUGAACCUCGUGAUCCCGUUUGUUCCCUCUGCUGACAACUCCAACCUCUCCGCCGAUGGGGACGAUUCCUUCAUCAGUGUCGACUCAGCCAUGCCCAGCCCUUUCAGUGAGAUCUCAAUCAGCAGUGAACUGCACACUGGCUCCAUUCCCCCUGACGAGAGCAGCAGUGACAUGUUAGUCAUCGUGGAUGACCCAGCCUCCUCAGCACCUCAGUCUAGAGCCACCAACUCUCCUGCUUCCAUCACAGGCUCUGUGUCAGACACUGUGAAUGGAAUUUCCAUUCAGGAAGUGCCAGCUGCAGGACGUGGUCACUCAGCUCGAAGCCGAGGCCGCCCCAAGGGUUCAGGAAGCACAGCCAAAGGAGCAGGCAAAGGCCGAAGCCGCAAGUCCACUGCAGGCAGUGCUGCUGCCAUGGCAGGAGCCAAAGCAGGGGCUGCAGCAGCUUCCGCAGCUGCUUAUGCUGCAUACGGGUACAAUGUGUCUAAAGGAAUCUCCGCAAGCAGUCCUCUGCAGACAUCCAUUGUCCGACCUGCUGGCCUUGCAGACUUUGGACCUUCAAGCGCCUCUUCUCCCUUAAGUUCCCCUCUGAGCAAAGGAAAUAAUAUUCCUGGGACUCCUAAAAGCCUCCACAUGACCAGCAGCCUAGCCUCAGACUCCUUGAUCCGGAAACAGGGCAAAGGCACCAACCCCUCUGGAGGACGGUAACCAUGGUAACCAUCUCUGCCCUCUAGCUUCCUUCAACCAAACCAGGGGCUACAGUCCUGAGCCAUAGGUGGUCUUUGGAUGGCUUGCCUAGUGUGGCAUCUUGCAUCCUAUUUGGAGAGUGGAAAGGACCAGAUGUAGCAGGAGAGGACAGGCAGGUGGUUGGUGUGAGCACUUUUAUCACCUGUUUCCAAAGGAAUAUCCUGGGUUCGGCCCCACAGCAUCCUAGAUGUACUCUGCAGCCGUACUCUUAACCUCUUUUUGGGGAAGGGCCUGACGCAGACCCCUUUUACAGAUGCUCAUGCACACUGUCUCUACCCCAUCCCACUCUUCAGCUCUGACCAUGUCCCUCAUGAAGGAUCCAUGGGUGCUGUGAAGAGCCUUCCAUAGUGGAGACUUGUCUAAAGGUUAUGGAUUCCUGCAGGGCUAGGAAGGAGGGAGUGGUUCCCUGGCAUCCACAGUCUGGGAGCUCUCCUGGGUCUCUAAACACUGUUUGCCACAGUGUCAUCACUGAAGAAAAGAAUGCAGUGAAUGCCAGAGAAGAUGGUGGCUGUAAGGAUGAGAGAGGCUGGAGCAAGCAGAGCCACAGGCAGUUAUCCCAGCAUUUCCCCCACUGUCCAGCACAGUUCACACCAGGGAAGCUUUAGGUCCCACCAGCAACAGUAGCAGCAGCUCCCACUCUGGGACCUCCCAGAAGCCAGUAAGAGACCAGGAACCACCUCAAGCAGCAGGACAUCCUCACCCCCUCUUGCAGACGCCCCUUUGCCCAUCCUGAAUGCACAGCCUCCCUGGCUUUGCCCUUCAGCCCCUGCUUGGCUGUAUGCACUGUCUGUAUUGCACUGAGAAAGAAGGGACAGCAGGAGUGAGAUGGGGACAGAGCUGCCUCAGCACCACCCCUCCCAGCCCUGCCCCACUCGCCUGAGCUUGCUGCCCUCUGAGAGGGGAAGGGCGGCUGGGAGGGCUUUCCACCUGAUGUCCCUGGUGGAACAGGUGCUUCUGGGCGGGCCAGCCUCUAAUUUGCACACCUGAAAUCGCGGAAUUGAGUUUAGAUAGAUUGAUUUUUUUAAACCCUUUUUUUUUUUUCUUUUGGAGUAGGUGUAGGGGAAUCAUUUAAUUUAAAUCAUAAAGAUUCCCCUACCCAAACCCUGACUCCUAUGUACAGAUGCUCUUUAGAGGGAAUCAGAAAAAUGCCAAGCCUUUUUUUCUCUUUGAAUGUGCUGUCUAUUUUUAUAACUGAACUUGUACAUAUGUAUAAAGAGAGACACAUCUUUCUUUUACUAACUGGAUAAAAAAAAAUCUUAAAUAAAAUGGAGUGAGAUAAUUUUAUGUAAA